ACAACUUCAUUCAGAUAAAGCGGCAUUUGGGAGUCAGAUAUAGUUAGAAGACAGAGACUUUUCAUUAUUCUCGAAAGAUUUUUUUUUAAAUGGCUUCAAUUUACAGGAAAAACAAUCGAUGGGCUGGGGUAAUGCGAGAUUACACAGAGGAACAAGUAGAAAGGCUUCGCGGUACUUUGAGGAUCGAAUACACGCUCGCAAAGCGAGGAUCUGAAAAGCUCUGGGAGAUUCUGACUCGAGGAGGAGAUAUCUAUGUCAAUGCUUUGGGAGCGCUCACAGGUGGUCAAGCAACCCAAAUGGCAAAAGCUGGUCUGAGAGCCAUCUACCUGAGUGGCUGGCAAGUUGCGGCAGAUAAUAAUGAUGCAGCACAAACUUACCCUGACCAGAGCCUGUAUCCUGCUCAGUCUGCAGCAAAACUGGUCCAGAGGAUCAACAACGCCUUCACUCGUGCUGAUCAAAUAUCCCACAUGGAAGGGGAUCACUCGGUUGAUUUCUUUCUCCCAAUUGUUGCCGACUGUGAGGCUGGAUUUGGAGGCCCUUUAAAUGCCUAUGAACUCACCAAAGCAAUGAUUAUUGCUGGAGCAUCUGGAGUUCACUUUGAAGACCAGCUGGCCUCAGAAAAGAAGUGUGGACACAUGGGUGGCAAAGUGCUUGUCCCAACAAUGCAGUUCAUAAAGACCCUUAAUGCUGCUCGUCUUGCAUCAGACACCAUGGGAGUACCCCUUGUCAUUGUCGGCAGAACAGAUGCCAAUGCUGCUGCUCUGGUAACAUCUGACAUUGACCCACGUGACAGACCAUUCUUGACUGGCGAACGGACCCCAGAAGGGUUCUACCGCUCUAAAGCAGGGCUUGACCAAGCUAUUGCCCGUGCAUUGUCCUAUGCACCUUAUUGUGAUGUGUUGUGGUGUGAAACUGGAAAGCCAAACUUGAAUGAAGCUCGAAGAUUUGCUGAGGCCGUCCAUGCCCGAUUUCCAGGAAAACCACUAGCAUACAACUGCUCACCAUCAUUUAACUGGAAAGCAAACCUAUCUGAUGAAGAAAUUGCUGUGUUCCAGAAAGAACUUGGAAAGAUGGGAUACAGAUUCCAAUUUGUUACCCUGGCUGGUUUCCACAGCCUUAACCAUGCAAUGUUCAAGCUGGCACAUGAUUAUAAAGACAAUGGCAUGAAAGCAUACACCAAGAUACAAGAGGAUGAGUUUGCUCAGGCCAGUAAAGGAUUCACAGCCCACAAGCAUCAACGAGAAGUUGGAACAAGCUACUUUGAUGCCGUUGCUAUGGCAUUAAGUGGUGGACGGAGCUCAGUGACAGCAAUGAGUGGAUCCACAGAAGAAGAACAGUUUGUUCAACGACCCAACUAUGUUGCAGCCAAACUUUAGAYUAGCAUUAAAAUCUAAACAUUUAAUACUUAUGAUUAAGAAAUAUUGUUUUGUAGGAUAUAGUGAUAAAUAAUUGUGUAGUUUGCAUGUUUUUCURGAAAAACAUUGUGCCAAAUCGCUUUGGAGCAGGAAUAGUAUAUAUGCAUGAAAAACAUUAGAAUUUGAAAGGCAUGUGGGAAUGUUUUAAUCGUACUUAGCUGUAGUAUUUUCAUUUAUCAUUACUUUACCUGGCGAUUUUAUAUUUGUCUUAGUUUCAUUACCAGUCGUCGUAAGUUAUUAUAUAACAUUUUAAUUAUAUUUCCCAAUGAAAUUGUUUUUCCAUUAAUAAGCAGCAUCCUAUUCUAUUCUCCUUGUUAUUUUUAAACAUAAAUUAAGUUUUAAUAACAGUUAUUGAAAGAGUAUCAUAUUUUUAAAAUAUGCAACRAUAUUUCCUUCUUCUUAUUUUAUUAACUUGUUACUUUGCUGUUUUAUUUAUUAUCUCUGUAAAUUCUCAAAAUAAUUUUGUACUAUGAAUAAUACACUGUGACGUAUAYAUUGUGGCGUUGAUCAACACAUAUUGCAAUUCAUUUUGCCUAGUUCUGACGCAACGUCACAUGAUGUUGGACAUUGCAGUAGGCAUAACAAUUGUAGCUUUCCACAGKAAAAUUGAAUUCAUUAAGCCAGAACUAAUUCAUGUUUCUGCCUUCUGUCAUGGCUGACAUCAGGUGAUGGUGCAAAGCCUCAAUUAUUACAGUCAACAUGUUUUUAUUACUGGAACUGGAAAUCCAUGAAAGUAAUGAAAACAUGUCCUGAUGAAUCUGUGAAAGUGAUUGAACUAURCAGUGACAACAGGAAAUAGAUUGGACAGCACACUGAUGUAAACCAUGGUAAAUAAUGAAAUGUACCCCUAAAAUCAAUCGAGUUUAUUGGUUUUAUUCUUGAUUGAUUGUCUUGCAAAUAAAAAAUUCAUUUUUUGA